AGGUCAAAAAAAUAUUUGACCUUCUCAACUUGCUUCAAAUUGACCAUUUUUUCCAAAAUCAUCAGAAAUUCAAAUCUGACUUUAAGAUUGAACAAAUAAUAUUGUGAGCAACUAGGUGGUGACAUUUAUGCCAAUGCCUUGUUUUUAAAACUACAAUUAAAACCCAAAUUAGUUGCGAAAAUAAGCAAAACAAGUUGUCCUUCAAUUGCGAACUAUUUCGGUAAUAUAAACGGAGAAAAUAUUUUGACAUUUAGUGCGCAAUACCAAUAAGUGCCGAUUUGGGACUACAUACUACAUACACUGUACGGGUGAUUUUUCCGUGAAGUGAAAAUCUGUUUUGAGCACUCUGCGUAUUUUUAGCACUGAAUUAAUAUGAUUGUAAUUAUUGUAUCACGUUAUCAUGAAUGAGGCCCUCUAGAAUGAGAGGAUCACUUCACAUUUCAAAUACUGUAAUUUUUUAAUCAUGGUGGCCUAACCGCAGUUACCCGGCCUAUUUUACUUUGUUUCUAUUUUAUUUAUUGCGGGAUUUUUGAGGCCAUGGUUUUAUCAAAAUCUUCAUUUCCGAGCAGCAUUGAGCAUUUCCGCAAUCUGACCUGACUCAAGUAGCCAACCAUUAAUUAGUAAACAAAAAGAUAAUUUCACGAUAAUGUUCAAUUAACGCAAGUUGGAGCAGACCAUAUCAGCGGAAAACCAAACAUUGUUCUUGUAAAAGUUUAUUAUAUACAUUGCUCAUUUUUCAUAGACAGUUUAUCAUCACCUAGUUUUGUUUGGUUUACAAGAAAUGAAAUGAUUCUUCAAUUGAUUUGUUUUACGAAUAAAGUUAACAGUUCUACUUGGUGGUUCCAUCUGAUCAUGUCAGCGUUUGAUGUGCGAUUUUGGAUAUUGUUUCUAAUGUGCGUAACGGAGGCGUAUCUGCAGGACACGAUUAGUUUUCAGGAGCUUUACCCCUCAACGUCCACUUGUGGCUGUGAUUUAGACCGAAGAGAGAAGGAUAAGUAUUUGGAAAGCCUGGACACGGAUAUAUACGAUGAACUACGUCAACUUCAAUCCUAUUGUCAAAAUAACCAUAUAAAGCUUGAACAUUUGCAAAAGGAGAAACGUGUGUUGGCCAACAGAGUUGAUGUCUUGGAAAAUGAUAUUAAUAAUAUUGAAGAUAAUAUUAUUGAUAUGUUCAAAACACAUAGCGAAACACCAUUGCUUGAUUUAAUAAAAAUUGAAAGCGAAAGACGCGAACGUUUGGAGGAACAAAUACAAGAACUGAACAGAACGAUGCAGAUAUUGCUCAAGCGUGAGCAAACACAAGACACAGUGAAAUACAUUCAAGUUCCAAGAGAUUUAAUAACUUCAUUGUCAACAGACAGAAAGACUAACGUGGAUAUUGAUACCAUUGCCACCCUUGUCAUAAAUAUGAGCCAUCAAAUUGAUCGGAUUGUAGAGAAAACCCAACGACCUAAUGGUUCCAGCAGUAACGCUAUAGAAUAUCCAGAUUAUCACCCAUAGAGUGAGCAGGGGACUAAGUUCAAACACAAUUGUGACUGACUAUUUUUCAUAAAAAACAACUGAAAAGUGAAAGGGACCAAAUAAAACAUUUUUACAAUUCCGAGUGUACAUCUUUCAUUUCAGUGAAAAGGACUAAUGUAGACAAAGUAGUAAUGUAGACAUGUCGUUCCUCACAUGAUAUAUGAAAGCACGAAUUAUAUUUAUUAAUUCCUAUUUUUAGAAUAAUGUAUUGUAUGACGAUUAAGUGAUUAUUGUAUUAAAGUUAACCUAUGUUAUUUAAAAUAUCUCAAAAUGAUUUUUUAUUGUUGUCUGUGUAGCCUGUGCGCUUCAUCCGCUGCCCUAAUAUUCAUUUCGAAGACUUACUUCCAACAGAAACAUUUAAAACGUGCAUUGUCUCGGUUUCUCUCCCGGACAAUCAGUGAUGUCCCGUCACAAUUUUUUAUAAUCACGCCUUGACCUUAGAUAUAUCUGAGACCAACUUGAAACAGGAGG